CGUUUCCCGUGCCGGCGCAUGCGCACUGCAGCUACAAUAAUUUUGUUGAUAUGUCUGCCGCUGGGUUUUAAUGAUUAUUUCUGCGGGUUUUAGGGCUUCACAGAAACUGUCCCCCCUCAGCCCGGCCUGAUGGAAAACCCCAGAGACCUGGUGGAGCGUCCAUCCAGCAGGAAGCGCCGGGACUCGUUCGGGAUGUUGGACGGUCUGGAGGAGGACCGGAGCAGCUGCAGCACUGAGUCCAGUGGGGGGAGCGGAGCCUCCAGCCCCGAGGACAGCGAAGAUGAAGAGCUAGGAGGAGGUGGAGGUGGAGGUGGAGGAGGAGGAGGAGGAGGAGGAGGAGGUGGUGGAGUGACUCAACUCACCCCUACCUCCUCCUCCUCCUCCUCCCUGACGCUCAUCAAGACCAACGGACAGGUGUACACCUACCCUGACGGGAAGGCAGGCAUGGCAACGUGUGAGAUGUGCGGGAUGGUUGGAGUCAGAGACGCUUUCUACAGUAAAACCAAACGUUUCUGCAGCGUCUCCUGCUCCAGGAGUUACUCCUCCAACUCCAAGAAGGCCAGCAUCCUCGCCAGACUGCAGGGGAAACCUCCCACGAAGAAGGCCAAGGUUCUUCAGAAACCGCCUCUGAUAACCAAACUGGCUGCCUACGCUCAGCAUCAGGCCAACCAGCAGAGCGGAGUCAAAAAGAGCGUUCCUGUGGAGAUGUUUGACUGGGGUCGUUACCUCGGUGAUGGAGAUGUGACGGGAGCGCCAGUCAGCUGCUUCAAACAUGUCCCGAUGGGGAAGUCAUGGGGCGACAUCAGCGAAGGCGUUCGAGUCGAAGUCCCAAACACUGACAGCGGUCUGCCAAUGAAGGUUUACUGGAUCGCUGGCAUCAUUAAACUGGCUGGUUUUAAAGCCCUGCUGAGGUACGAAGGCUUCGACAGUGACUCCACCAGAGAUUUCUGGUUGAACCUUUGUGUGCCGGACAUCCACCCGGUCGGCUGGUGCGCUGCUGGAGGAAAACCCCUGGUCCCCCCUCAGACCCUUUUGCACAGAUUCACCAACUGGAAAACUUUCCUGAUUAAAAGACUGACGGGAUCUAAAACACUGCCGCCAGACUUCUCCUCCAAGGUGCAGGAGAGCAUGCAUUUUCCCUUCAAGAAGCAAAUGAGGGUAGAGGUGGUGGAUAAGACUCACCUGUGUCGGACUCGGGUCGCUCUCGUCGAACAGGUGAUCGGUGGUCGUCUCCGUCUGGUGUACGAGGAGUGUGACGACGGGACGGACGACUUCUGGUGUCACAUGUACAGUCCUCUGAUCCACAGCAUCGGCUGGUCUCGAUCCAUCGGGCACCGCUUCAAACGAUCUGAUGUGUCGAAGAAGCUGGAUGGUCAGGUGGACGCUCCCGGUCAGCUGUUCGCCAAGGUGAAGGAGGUGGAUCAGAGCGGCGCCUGGUUCGAGGACGGGAUGAAGCUGGAGGCCAUCGACCCUCUGAACCUGUCCGCCAUCUGUGUGGCCACGGUCAGGAAGGUCCUGGCUGACGGGUAUCUGAUGAUUGGCAUCGAUGGGUCGGAAGCGGCCGACGGUUCAGACUGGUUCUGUUAUCACUCCACCUCUCCCUCCAUCUUCCCCGCCGGCUUCUGUGAGAUCAACGACAUCGAGCUGACCCCGCCCAGAGGUUACACCAACCUCCCCUUCAGGUGGUUUGAGUAUCUGAAGGAAACCAAGUCUGUGGCUGCUCCGGUCAACCUCUUCAACAAGGACGUCCCCAACCACGGUUUCCGUCCCGGUAUGAAGCUGGAGGCCGUGGACCUCAUGGAGCCGCGGCUGGUGUGCGUCGCCACGGUGACCCGCAUUGUCCACCGGUUGCUACGGAUACACUUCGACGGCUGGGAGGACGAGUACGACCAGUGGGUGGACUGCGAGUCGCCCGACUUGUACCCGGUCGGGUGGUGUCAGCUGACUGGAUACCAGCUGCAGCCUCCAGCUGUCAACGCAGGAGCCAGAGAUCUACAAUCAGCAGCAUCUAAACAGAGGAAGAAAUCCCAACAGUACAAGGGACAAAAGAAAAAGAGAAAGUUGCCCAUCGCUAAACGACCUGUCAGCCUCUCUGGCACCGUGGUAACAGGCGUACCCAGGAACCUAUCAGGAGAUGAGAACGAAACUCCGCCAGAUUACCCAUCACCCCCUACUCCAGCCUCAGCAGCCCAACCCCUCUCUGCAGACCCAGAGAGCAGCCCUAACACUGAGGGGGGAGCAGGUUCACGGAUUAAAGAGAACGCUGAAGGAACAGAGUUGUGUUCUGAAAGGACUGAAACAGAAACCAAUGGAUCCUCUGGAGAUUUCUUCACCAACCAGGAUCAGUAGUAGGACUCAUCCAUCCUCUCCUCUCUCUGCCUUUUAACUCUCUAUUCGUCCAUCCAUCUGUCCAUUCAUCCUUCUCUUUUCUAGAAUUAUAAAUCUCAAGCCUCAUGAAAUCAUCUACUGUGAUUAAAUCUUUUACAUUCUUUUUGGACACUGGUUUUUUUGCCAGUCCUGUCGAGCGUUCUCCAUCCGUCCAUCUAUAGUGUUUACUCUUCAGUGUUUCCCUUUUUCUGUUAGAGCCUGGACAGACCAAAAUUCAUCCACUCACUCAAAAAAUUCAGUUUGUGUUGGAAUCUUGGUGAAGUCGUCAGAGGCGUAGCUACCAUUUUAGGACAAUGACGCCUUGUCCUGGGUGGGAAUUUGGAGUUUACAUUCUACGUUUUAGAACAUGGAAUCAGUUACAAACAGCUGGUUCUACAGUUUAAAGAACUUUUGUAUAAUAAUUUUUUUCACCGCCAAGAUCUGUGUCAUUUGUACGUUUGUGUCGUGUGUUCAAGGGUCAAAACACUUGACGUAUUAGUAAUGAUACUGGAUGCUGUGUAAUGUCAUGUUGAGAUUAACAGUCAUUUAAAAAUUGUGUGUGUGUGUGUGUGUUAAUGUGCGUGUGCAUGCUGUGGUUUCGAUUCUGGAUUGAUCUGAUUCAGCUGUCAAGACGUCGUGAAACUAGAAACCAGCCAACAAGGGCUUGUGGCAGUUACUGUUUCUGUUUUUGGAAUCACUGCUGAAAGUGUGCAGCGUUAUGGAAUAAUGUUCAUCAGGCCACUACUACAAUCUAAUUUAAAUUAGAUAAUCAAUUUGAUAUAGUAUAUUCUCAGUGUGUACUCAGCUUCAGUGUGGCUGAAAGUUUAAAACCAGCUAAAUGUUAGUGAAAUUAGGCUUUAGGUGCUUCAUCAAAAUUCUUGUCAAUGUAAACAUAGUCUCCGUUAGAAAAAAAUGAAUACUUUGUUUUUUUCCAAAAGACAUCACUUCAAUUAUAGUCACAUGUCUACAGUAAAUGCAAUAAAUCAAUGUCCAAACAGUUUCAAUAAUAAAUAUAUGUAGGUCUGAGUCAUUUUUAGCACUGGUGCCAAUUUAGUACUUAGUUUCAGGACACAUAAUUAUUCCAAAAUGUCUUUUUUCUGCAUUUACCAAAAAGUCAAACUUUUCAAAUAUAUCAUAGUUUAAUGUGGUCCUCACACAAACUGUAAAAUAUGAAAUAAAAUAUUAUAUAAAUUGUUAUUUAAGUCAGUAAUUAUCCUUUGAAAGUUUUAUUAAACAAGCCUCAGACUUAGCAUAUGGUGCUAAGUUUCAGUACUUGAAUAGAGUUUGGUAUUGAACUGAGUACUGAAGACAGUGUAGCACCAAAAGUUAGCUUUGAAUGUAUGAUAAUCAUAAUGUUGCUGACUUAGUCUUAAUCAGAUUGUUUCUGAUUUAAAUCAUCAUUUUGAUGGUAAAACUCAUCCAUGUGUCCUCACGACUUACCUAGUUGAUGAACUGUUGUUGCUGGUGAGCUAACUGCUAAAACGCAAACUAGCAGGAAAACGUUAGAAUUAUUCAGUCUGAGCUUUUCUCUGUCUUCUCUUUAGUGGACUAUUGAUUCUAGUAUUGUGUUCCUCAUUUUUUAUUAAUUAGGGUUACUAAAAGAGGGAAAAACAAAAACUCUUCAAGCUAGUUUUCAAGCUAACUGUUAAAUAAAACUGGAUUAUAGCAACACAGCUAACAAGUCACAUUAGCUUGCCGCAGGUUCAGCAUUCACCAAAACUGAACAUAACACAAAAGAUUCAAAAGAAUUGACUUUGCCUGUGAUAAAAUCCAGUUGUGUUAAAUCCAGUAAAAUUAACUCAUACACCAUAACAUUAAGAUAAACGCAACUGAAAAACCCCACAAAAACUGAUGUUGAAACUCAGACUUGUACUUAACUUUUUUUAAUGUUCAAAUCAGUCCCAAAUCAGUUGAUAGUGAAAGAAUGUAUGUUUUUUUUUAAAUUAUUGCAGCAGUGUGUAGAUAGAAAAGGUUUAAGUUAAAAUCCCUGUGUCACUUAAAAGAAUAUUAUCUGUGUUUUGUUUUUAUACUGGGCAGCUUGUUGGUUGAAUGUAUUGAACUGUAUGAAUGAGAAGCAGGGUCAAAUUUCCCUUGAUACACAGCAAAAUACUUCUUACAAGUUAAUUGUAGUUCACAAGCUGAAAGAAUUUUAUGUACUUGUUCAUUUCUAAAGUAUCGAUACCUCUCAAAAAAUGGUUAAGGAUUAAAAGAAUCUUUAGGAUGUAAAAGUUGGUAAACUAAAUUAUAUAAUAGAGAUUAUUUCAAAGAUGCAGACUGUAGAAGUAUAUUUGAUUAAAAGAAAAUUGUAAUAAUACAGAUUAUCACAUUCCAAAAAAUAAAAAAAGUGAUGCAAACAUAUAGCACAAAAAUAAUUUAACAAAAAAGAUGUGUAACAAAGUAAUAAAGUUUAUUUGAUUAACUGUUUUUAUUCAAAGCUUAUUGAGCUGCAGGAUCUCAAAGAAAAGAGAAUAAAUAAGUGUUUCAAAUUGAACGCUACAAUGAUGUUAUACAGACAAAUAUUUAGAUUUAUUUAAUUAUCAUCUAUGAAAGAGCACUGCAUUCACCUAAAGAUGUUUUUUGUAAUUAUAAUUAUGUUAACGAGCUUAACUUAGCAUGUUAACAUGAAUUUUAAAAAUAUUGGGUGUUUACAUGCUCACAUAACAUUUCAGCCUGCAAAUAACAAUUAUUUUCAUUAUAGAUUAAUCUGCAAAAGACAUAAACAAAGUGAAAAUAUUCAUUCUAAGCUUCAUUUUUAUUUGUGUCAAUAUGGCUGAUAAGAAAAAAUCUUUCUUGAGCCACAAAGUAAACAUGACAGACCCAAAUUAUUUUCUAUUUGUUGGUGCUCAGUAUGAUGACAUGUUGAUUUUAACUUUUUCUCUCUGUGAUGUUCAGUGUUAGUUUUGUCUCUGCUUGUAUAAAUCUGAAUAUGUCAAGAGUGUGUAGAAACAAUAAGAUGGCAGUAAUGUAAUUUAUAAAUGCUGUGAGUGAUUUUUUUAUAACAAAUUUGAAUGUGAAUAUUACAUAGUUUUUGUGCAUUGAAUACAAAUCACAGCCCUAUCCUGACUUGUUGUCAGUAGUCUGAUGAACAACAAUCAAAACCUAAAAGGUCUAAAUAGGGCCUUGAAAGUCCCCUUAAUUUUAGAUAAUUCCUUUGGUAGUUAACAUAGAGCAACUACAGUGUAAGUGACAAUCUAAUCCACUUAGUAGUGUUGAACUAUUAUCAAAACUAUGACAAAAAUAUUUGACAACCUUUUUUGCCCGCAAAAAAUAGUAAGGCUAGAGUGAAAUAGAAAUUUAAAUGAAAGCAAAAUGUAUACAACUUUUUGUUUCUUAACAGUUUUUGGACACCUCCUGUAUCCAUGAAAUCACAUAUUGUACAGUAGUAACAGUAGCCAUUUUAAAAAAAGAAAAAACUAACUGAAAAUGAAAUAUCUUUUAGUUUUUGUUGAUUGAAACUAACAAUAAAUGACUACAAUGUGAUGUGUAAAAAUACUUAAAUCAAAAUCGAAGUCCCAAAAUCUUGAACACUCUUGCACAGUAAACUAGUGGCUGUUUUUUAAAUUCCCCACUUGUUAGUCGCACUACUGUGUGUAUGUUGUCUGUUUGUGUUUGUUGCCUUUUUGUAUGUAAAUCUCCGAUAACGUCAGAUUGUCUUAUUUGUAUUAUGGUGCUAUCUAUAGACGAUAUAUACACAUUUGAUAAUGUUUCUAUGGAAUGAUACUGACAAAAUUGUCUUGUGAAGUUGUUCUUGUACUUUGGAUGCAGCUGAUUGCAAAAGAUUUUUGUAUAAGGAGAAAAUGAUUGAUGAUUUGUGUGUUUAAAGUGAAAGUUGCUGAAUUUAAAGGAGAAAUUUUUGCUGUGACCUGAGUACAUGAUUUGAAUCCUUUAAUUCAGCAGUUUUCUCUGUCAGCUUGUGAUGUUUUGUGUGUAUGUCGGCAGCUGGAAGGAGGAUUUUAUGGGUUUUAUAGGAUUCUUGUAGGGUUAUCAAGUGACUUACUAAAUGGCAGUGUUUUCUUAAAACUGUGGUUUGGGACCCAGGGACAAAAAAGUGUUUUAAUGAAUCUAGAAGCCAAGACUGUCAAGUGGUUGCUUUUGAGUUUUUUUGUGCUAUAACAUCUGUUAUCUCCAGACAAUGAUAUAGUUAGAUCGCAGAUACAAAGUUUGGUCAAGUUCGGAACUUUUGAGGUAUUUAAAUCAGGCAUCUGAGAAUGGCUAUAAAAUUUUGCCCCAGAACCAGGACUGAAACCAAGAUUGGAUCAGGUACAAAAUUGGAAUGGGUACAAACUUCCAAGACAAGAUUGGGCACAAGAUUUUUAAGGUAAUGAAGUUAGGGUCAUGGGAUUAUUAUCUUGAGAUUAGAGGUCUUGGGUUGGGCUGUAAUUGUUCGAUCAAACCUAAAAUUGGACUCAUGGAAAACAUAACCAUUCCUCAUGUACAGAAAUUUAUUAAGACCUGAUAAGAUUCAGAUAAUGUAAGAAUGUAUGUGUAAUGCAAUGCAGAGUUUUCCAGAAUUUACCAAUGUCAAUGUUUUUGUUGGACCAGAGACCUGCGGCAAUAGAUCAGGACAGUACCACACGUGGUUUACCUGAUUUGACUAAAUGUAAUUCAGACCCUGGUCUACAUGGGGUCCUGAAUUGUUCCCUGAUACUAGGAACCAAAAGGACCUCAGAACCUUCAAGUGAUGAGCUGUAAAAACAUGAUUUGUCAUUUUAGGAAAACCAAAUAGUUAAGUCAUAAUCACAGAAAACCUUAUGUUGAAAUAACAAGGUAACUAACUGAAAAAAACUAUUAGCAACCAUGGCCGCUUGUAACUUCUGAUUACAACUCGGGCUGCUUUUAUGAACACUUUCCCUGUGGUAAUGAAACAAUGUCAAAAUAGGCAAAAAAGCUUUGUCUUUUGUUUUCUUGCUAUCUGUAGAAUUUUCAGUACUUUAGUUAACCUUUAAGACAGAGCCAACAGAAAACAAAAAGCAGAAAAGAGAUUUUUCAUCCAAGAUUUUUUUACAUUGUGUCAAUGGUAAAAAAAAAAAAGUGAGAUCUUAAUAAUCCGUUUGUGUCCCACACUGAUGAGAUUUAUGAAAAGCUGUCAAUACUGUUAAUGUUCAUGUUGUCCACAUGUUCAUGCUGUGAACAUGAUGUGUACUGAGCUCUUAUCAAAAACAAAUGUUUUAAAAAUAUGUAUAGAUAUAGUUCUAUAUACUGUACAUGUAUGAGAGAAAAUGUAGUUAUGUACUGAUGUUAACUUUCAUGAAGCUUUUUUUUAUACAUCGUGCAAUUUUUGGCAGCAUGAUUGUGAAGAAAUUAUUACAUUUAAGUGUAAAAUAAAUGAUCCACUUUACAUUUUUAUGCAAUAAAAAGAAAUUGAAAAA